GAACAGAGUUAACUUCCUUUCAUUUACGCCGGCCUUUAUCGCCACAUCGACUUCACGAGUCAAGCUGCCGAGAAGAUGGGAAUGCGAAGACAGAGAAGCACAAAGAACCCUCCGGUGUUCAGCCAUGAGUUUUUCAUCCAGAAUCACGCAGACAUUGUGUCAUGUGUGGCCAUGGUUUUUGUCAUAGGACUAAUGUUUCAGGCAACGGCUCCAGUGGCAUCUCUCUUUGUGACACUGCAGCACAAUGUCACUAAAAUUAACAAUGACACUGGGGAGGAGGUGACAAGCUACAUGGUGGGACUGAAGGAUCUAUUUUGUGUGUUUUUCUACCUCCUCAUCUGUAUCGUGGUCCAUGCAGUAAUCCAGGAGUACAUUCUUGAUAAACUGAACAGGAAAAUGCAUUUGUCGAAAGUAAAGCAUAGCAAGUUUAACGAGUCUGGGCAGUUACUGGCAUUUUAUGGAGCCUCUGCUGUUUGGGGUGCUGACAUCAUCAUCAAGGAAGGUUUUGUGAAUAUUAACCAGCUUUGGGAAAAUUACCCUCAUAGCGAGCUCUCGUUCAUUGUGAAAUUUUUCUUCAUCAUGCAAAUUUCCUACUGGAUCCACUGUUUUCCUGAGCUUUAUUUUCAGAAAGUAAAGAAGGACGAGAUGUCAUCUAGAAUUCAGUAUGCAGUUCUUUACCUUGUAUUCAUAUCAGGAGCUUUCUUUUUAAAUUUCAACAGGGUAGCCCUCUGUAUGAUCGUUCUUCACUACGCAGUAGAAUUUGUCUUCCAUCUUGCUCGUCUUUUGUAUUUUGCCGAGAAAACUGACUUAGCCAAUCAUGGAUUUAUGGUUUUCAAUGCUUUGUUUGUGCUAGUUAGACUGGGAACUAUUACCUUGUCUGUCUUAACCUUCUGGUAUGGUUUAGAGCAGACCAACCAACCUAAUAUUGAUGUAGCAACAGGGAAUUACAAUACUCAGAUGAUUAGGAUAAACUGUCUGGCUGCUGUUUGUCUCCUGCAGGCCUGGAUGAUGUGGAACUUCAUUAACUUCCACCUCAGAAGAAUGAGGGAACGGGGAGCUGCUUCCAGGAAGCUUAGAUCUCCAAAGAAAACUAAAUCUAAGGCUUCCGACGAGGAUAUAAGCUCACUGCCAGAGGCUGACCAGAAUACUGCCACCGAGAACGGCAUCCGAGCCAGACGGGUCAAGAAAAACUAACAGAACACCAUCUAAUGGCCAAGUACUGGUGAAGCAAGUCAUCACACAACCGAGGUUAAAAAAAAAAGGAUCUGAAUUUUUCUUGUUUAUCUUGAAUAUCUUUUCAUAUUUUUUUAAAAAGCAAAGAAAACUGGUGUUGUUAUUAAAAGAGAAUGUUUUAAGAUAAUUAACAUCAGUUACUAAGUUCAGAAGUUGCUUAUAAAAUUUUGCAGUUUGUUUGGUUAUUGUUUGUAGCAGUGUAUAUACUUAUUCCUCUGCCAAAUUGAUUGAUUUUUAAAUGAUUAUAUAUUUAUAGAAACAUGGUUGUUUUGAAGUCACUUGCAAUAUGAGGAAAAUCUUCAACAUUUUGUUUUAGAGUGAUUAAUGUAAUUGUUACAUUUCUUUUUAGUACAUACAAAUGAUACAUUUGUAGGAUUUUAAUUUUUGUAACACAUAAUGCAAACUUAUGUCAUUAGAGAGGUUGAGAUUUAAUACAUGUACGGGUACGUCUAGUAUGGGAAUUCCCUAAAUUCCUCCCGUACUACGUCAUCAGUUUUAGUGCCGACAAGUUUUCUACAUGUUUCUACAACUUGUAGAAUGGUAUCUACACAUAAGUGUAAACUUGUAGCUUUUGUAAUAAAAAUUAGUCAAUUUUUGUGGGAAAAUGUUAUUGUACAUUAUUUAGGAUGUUUAGUUUCAUGAGCACAAUUGUUUUAACCAUGUUUUGCUUAUUAACUAAUGUCAUAAAACUACUAAAUAGUUGAAACAGAAACCACCAAUCACAGUGUAGGCAUUCACGUUACACUCCAUUAAAAUCUCAACAGACAAAUUACAAAAAUGUGUAUGUCAAAGAUUAUGCACACGUACAAGUUUAA